UUCGGCUCGACCGCAGCAAUUGUUGAAGAUCCGCCGCCCACUUGGCCGACACACUUCCCAAAGGCUUCUUACAUCACGACGUACUGCUUUCUACGCGCGCAGGGAGCAACUGCUACCAACGGUUUCACUUUUAUACAAGUACAUACGUCGAUUGGCCGACCGCGUUCGAUUCCGGCGCCAUGGCUACCAACGGCAACAAUAGCGGCAAAGUCGCCGUCGACCUAGAGAGGAUGAUUCAUGAGGCCCGCGAUCGCAGAAAGAAUGAAGAACUCGCCGCCAAAAUCUUCGGUAAGGGCCGUCGCUCAAGCACUCCGGCCUCCAAAGCAACCGCUGCCGGCAGCCUCGCUAGCCGCGCCGGAGUGAAGAAGCAACGCGCCGAACCUGCCACACGGCCUCGCCACAGCACAGGCAACAUCGAUGGCGAGUGGACGCACGAUUUGCACGAGACACAAGCGCGGGGACCCAAGGCCGGCGGCAAGGCUAGCGGUAGCGGCGCCGGUUCUCUCGCCGCGCGCAUCACUGACCCGAACGCGCCUCUGACCGGACCCGCGAGCCACAAGCGCCAAACGCGCCGUGCAGCCCAGGUGGCGCAGGCGCUGAUACGGUCGGAGCUGCAGCAAUCUCAAGGCCAGCAGCGGCGAGCGGAUGAGACGGCGCCCAUCAAUGGCGCAAUUCCGACAGAGCCAAGAGCGAUGGCGAAGCCGGCUACCACGUUUAACAAGGGCAUCACGAUCCGCGGUUUGGCCGGCCCAUUUGUUGUCAUGGCGCAGAACUUCGCUCCGGGCACGACGGCGGCCGACAUCGAGAGCGCCAUGACCCCUGUCGGGGGCAUCAUCACCAGCUGCCGGCUGGUAAAACAACAUCCGAUCGUGAUCGCCGAGAUCGUGUUUGAGAGCAAGGAGGGUGCCGACAACGUGAUCGCCACAUUCAACAACCAGACAAUCGGGAACACCCCAUCCAUCCCGCCCACGCAAACCGCAACCCGGCCGCCGCCCGACAACGACGUAGUGAUGGACGGGUCCUACGGCUUCGACGACCCGAUGGAUGCGGAUCUCAACACUGGAAGGCAACCUCCCACGGGACCGGCAGCAGGAGUCGGCGGCGGGUUGUACAGCGACAGUCUGGUCUCGGCGAACCGCCGGGGCCGAGGCUUCAGCAGGGCGGGACGUUUCGGUGGGAGAUAGUCGCUUCUCUGCCCUCAUUUUCCCGCCUAUUAUUGCUACCGCUGCGAUUUCGGACCUGCGCACCUUGACUCAUGUCGGAUUACUGACUUGCGGCCAUUUCACCCACCUUGCACUGGCUGAUGGACAGAAAUGGAACGCGGAAAAACACUUGCGCACAAGGAGGUUCCAUUGUGCCAAAUCAGACGGCGUACACUGACGUUACCCG